UGAGGGAGAUGUGAGCCGGGGAGGGCGUGUGAGGCUCGCUGCAACAUGCCUAAACACUGAAAUAAACGGGAGAAUACAACACUAGUGCUUCGGGAGCAUUUAUCCGUCAUUAACCAUCGUUGAAUUGAAAUACCAGUUUGUGAUACCUUACUGAAGUUCACCGAAGCCUCGAUUUUGUUGAUGUAGUAGGUGAGGGAAGGUGGUUAAGAGGUGUUAGACGGGACGAUAUAACCUCCCGCUGCCGACAUACCCACUCAAGAUAUACUUCAACCCACUAAGCAACUGCGUGUACGGCCAAUCGUGGACCAGUUAGCCUACAUGUGAGGUUCAUUCUGUGGGUGUAGCCGUGCAGGGAAAGACAGGAGCAACCUCCCACCUUACUCGGUUGUGAUGCCGGCAGGCUGUCCCCUCAAAGCGCGUGUUGGAGUAUCUGGGGGUCCCGGUGACUUAUUGAAUCUGAAAGUGUAAACUUGGGCAGAGAGCUACCCAAAACUGUCAACCAUGAAGACCAAUGCUGCAGAGUACUUCGGAAGCCUCUCACCACUCAAGGCAGGAGGAACAUCACCUGGGAGCAGCCUGUAUGAGGCCCAUGUGCAGAAUGGCAGGUCUGGCAGGUGUCACUGCUGUCCUUAUGGUUACCACAUUGACCUGGACUUCGUACGCUACUGUGAAAUGCUCACGCAGGGUUCAAAGAACGACAAUGCCACUCUACGACAGCUGAAAAAGCUGAAGCGGGCUCGCCGCAGACAGACCAAGUCAAUGGAAGUGCUUCUUGGCUUGUCCCAAGGAAAAGACAAUGAGGCACAUGAGCUACAGCAGCCCCAGACCAAACUUGAAAUUAUUGAGGAGCCUGUAAAAAUUGAUUCGCUGAGCAAAGAUGUAUCGUCUUUCGUAAGACGAACUCAAUCUUUGCGAGAACGAACGCCUCCUCCACCUCCUCCCAGGCGGUGUAGAACACCAGUAAUGUCUGGUCCACCUCCAGAUGUUAUUAACACCACAAAUUCUAGUCCUGGGUUAAAUACUAGUUCUAAUGUGGAUGCCAGUGAAGCACUACAGGAGGCAGUAAUGGACUUUGAAGAAAUGCUUGAAAAUUCCCGUGAAAAGCAUCAAGUCAAAGAGAGAUCGGAAACCCUGCCACCAAACAUUCCUUCUCUGGAUCUGUUGCACCAUACUCCCCCACUCAAAGCUCAACUUGUCUCUCCAAAGUCAGGGGCAGGAGUAGUUCGGUCUCAUUCACUCCCCAGGCAGUGGUUUAACAGGUCUCUUGUACCUCUAUCCCCUCCCACAUCCUCCUUGCCCUCUCCUACACACCUUUCCCGUGGGACCCUCGGGGCUGGUGAAGGCAACACACAGAUGGCGGUACAUAGAACACUGCGUCGCAGUUGGUCAAGAGCUGCCCCUGGAGGCCAGAUGCCUCGUCACUCCUCGGAAGGUUCAUUACCAGAUGAUUGUCUGUUGUUGAGCCGCCAGCGUACCAAUUCUACUUCCUCCCUCUCAUCUGUCUCCUCAGCAUCUGGGUACCCAGGUGUUGCUUUCUCAAUGGGUCCCUCGGCUGCUGGUUCUGUGGCUGCUGGAGGAGUCAUUACCAACAAUGGACUUGGCCCUCCUACUGGUGUAGGAAUAAUUCAACAACACAUGAUGCCCCGCCUCUCAGAGACUCUGGCUGCUCUCAACGCUGCCCGAGGUUGUUCUACCAUUCACCAAGACUUUGACACUAUGAGUGUCACGUCUGCCAUGUCUGGAGUCAGCACCACCACACUCCAGUCCAUCCGUGACCAGAUGGCCACAAGUCUGGCUCGACUCAAGGAGUUGGAGGAGGAAGUGAAGACCAUUCCAAUGCUUCAGAUAAAACUCAAUGUACUGAAAGAAGAAAAGCGACUGCUGAUGCAGCAACUCAAGUUAAUGCGCAAAGGCAGUGAUGCUCCAUUCUUGCUGCCACCCAGCUUAGAUGGUGACCUUACUGACUUGUCUGAGGAUGAAUUAGAAGGCCGACUUGUCAGCCUAAAGAAUGUUUGUGUCUCGACUACUCGAGCACCUCGGAGACGUAGCGAGUCACCAAUGCGGGUCAACUUGGAGGAGUUCCGUUCUUAUCGCCGUGCCCGAAGGGGAUCACUGUCGGAGGGCUCGGAAGCUGAAUCAGUUCGCUCAGUAAUUGAAGACACUCCACUUUUUAUUAAAGAAGCUAAUGAUCAUAUAACUGACAGACGACUGAGUCUAGAGACUUCAAAAGAAACUCAAACAUAUCCUGAUCAAGAAACAUCGGUGGAAAAAAAAUUAACUCACAGUUUGCCAAGUACUCCUUUGGUUUUGCGAAAAAUCACAAGAGAUAUGUCAACAAGCUGUCGAGUUUUAACUAGAGAUAUUGGAGUUUCGCAUGUGGGAAUUCGAACCCGGUCAGUUGGGCUGACAACUGAUAGAGCAGACACUGAUAGAAAGAAAGAAAUUAAGCCUAAACCAUGCAUGCAGUGCUAUGAAAGAAAUCGUAAAACAUACGAGAGCAAAGGUGUUGGAACUCCAUCAGUAUCACAUCCAGAAAAAUUGAGGAAGUUGAGCAUAAGUAGUGUGUCAUUAGAGAGUGUUGAACCUGAUAAUAUAGAUUCUGAAAAUAGGGACCCAUUAGAAAAGGAAGGAAGCCCCAAAAAUACUUUCUUGCGAAAACUUGGCAAGAAAUCGGCAAUCAUAAGUCGUCUUUCUGAACCACAGCUAGCCCCUCCAGUUUUAACAUUUGACAAUUCAACCAACACUGACAUAGUGUACAGAAGAGAGCAGCUGGUGAACACAAGUUUAAGCAUGAGUGAUUUUUGUACUAAAGCUGAAUUAAAUGAACACCUGGCUAAAGCUAAAACAGACUGGGAGACUGCAAGAGAAAUACACGACCAAGUCCGAAGUAUAGCACAGUCAAUUAAGCCCCUCACUGUAGACAAUGGUACCCAGGUCAUAAUUAAUGAUCCAAAUUUAGCUAAAACAAAAUUUCAGCCUCUUUUGCAAAGUAUUGGUAUCUUGGUUAAACCUCAUACUGUGGAUGCUGGUGUUGGGGCAUCAAGGGUUUCAGACAACUUGUGUGAGAAAUGUACAAAUGUCAAAACACGAUCUGUGGGUUCAGGGGAGGGGACCAUAACAGGUGUUCUGUGUGAUAAAUGCAUGUAUAUUAAGAUUAGAUCUGUAGCAGUAGGUGAUUAUAGAUUAGCUGACACUUGGUGUGAAAAGUGUUCAGCAGUUCAAACUAGAUCUGUAGGUUCCAGUAAUGACAAAAUAUGUGAUAGAAUUUGUGAUCGCUGUGACAAUCUUCUAACUCGCUCAGUUGCUGUAGGCACCAUUCCUGUUAUUGAUAAAGUGACAGAGAAAACUAAGUUGAAGGCAACUCCUAAAUCAUCUUCCUAUGUUCAAACUAGUGGGCCAGAAAUGUGUUCCACAGGAAUAAAUACUAUGCCGUUGAACUUCAAGAAAGAAGAGCUUAAUUUUGAAACUAGCGCAAGUCCCCCAAGCCCAGCACUUACCCCAGAGGUAGAACGACGAUCAUAUGGUAGUUCUGGGGUACGAAUUUGUGAUAAGUGCCACGAAACCAUUCAUUCAGUUGCUAAAGACAUUGUUAACACAAGUGGUACAGCAUCUGCCACCACCCUUCCACCGUUGCCUCCUCAAGUGUCCAAAAUUCCACGCCUAGUCGAUCUCACCAAGGUGGAACCUAGAUUAGAUUUACCAAAACAAGAAUUUAAAAUAAGUGCUGGUCUUUCCACUAGUCUUGGAUCAAGUCUAUCAGAGUCCCAAAUUUCAAGCCUUAACAGCAGUUUCAUAGAGACUAGACCUUCUUCAGUGUUGACUCACACAUCGGCAAGCAUAGGAACUGCACACCCAAAACCAACAAAAUUUGAACAGGCGUUAACUGCAUCCAGUGAAACUUCAACACUAAAGUAUAAUCAGUCUUCUCAAGUCACUACAACUGAAUCUUCAAAAUCAACUCCAGGAGUAACUGUGGGCCAAGAUGUAAAAUCUGUCAUGUCGGCACAGGUAGCUGUGACUAAUGUGAGCCGUAGUGUGAAACACGAGCAAGCCCCAGUCUUGACAGUCACAUCAGCUGGCUCAUCCAAGGCUUCGUCGGGAAUUCCCUCUGCAAACACUUCUCCUCAGGUGAAACGUGUGCCAUAUACACGACAGCAGACAUACACCAAGUAUGCCGAGGGGUUGAUCAACCUUGGGUUCGAUGAGAAUACUGGCAAGGAGGAAGCCAAGGCUCAGAGGGAUAAGAAAAAGGAAGACUCCACAAAAGUACUUUCAAGCAUUACAGAAAACAACAAUACCAUUAAUACAAAGAAAGUUGAGAAAGUGGAAAAAGAAAAGAAGGCAUUAGAUUUGAAGAAAGAUGAAAGCAAGACCUUGGCUACAGAACCUGAACCAAUCAUUCAAGGCAAGACAGUGAGUGAUGCUCACUCUCAGUCCUCCAGCGAGUCUGAAAAUGAAACAUGUGAUGAUGAGUCACUGAUGGGGGCAUCAAUCAUCUCACAGCCAGAUGAUCAUGCAGCUUCAUUAUCCUUCCAAAGUUCAUCAUCACUGUACACAGCUACCAGUGAAAAGAGCAGAAAGAAAGCUGUACCAUCAAGAGAAAUGAAAGCUGCACUAAAGGUUGUCAAUGAUUCCAUUGGCAAACCUGUUCGCUCGGGUCAGCAACUCACUAAUGCCCUCAAUAUCAUACAAAGAGAAUGGUUCAAGGUCUCAAGUCAAAAGGAAGCAGAUCCCCAUGCUGUCGAAGACUAUAUGGAUGUUUUUGAAGAAUACUCCAAGGGUCUUCUGCAGCGAGUGGUCAAUCUCAGUGAUGUUAAUGGGAACACGGCAAUGCACUAUGCAGUUUCACAUGGAAACUUUGAUGUUGUCUCUAUACUACUGGACUCCAAAGUGUGCAACAUUAACCAUCAAAACAAAGCAGGCUACACAGCUACCAUGUUGGUGUCUCUUGCACAGAUUCGCUCAGAGGCUCACGCAAGUGUUGUUCAGAGAUUAUUCCAGCUUGGCGACGUCAACAUUAAAGCCAGCCAGCAUGGACAGACUGCCCUUAUGCUGGCCGUGUCCCAUGGUCGACUAGACAUGGUUCGGAUGUUAGUUGGUGCAGGAGCAGAGAUUAACAUCCAGGACGAGGACGGCUCAACGGCGCUCAUGUGUGCGGCAGAACACGGCCACCUAGCCAUUGUUAAGUUCCUCCUUGUCCAACCUGAUACUGAUCCUACACUCAUGGACAAUGACGGCAGUACAGCUUUGACCAUUGCUGUAGAGGCUGGCAACAAGGAUGUAGGCGUCUUACUGUAUAAACAUAUGAACCUGUCCCGUGGAUCUUCACCAUAUUCUUCUGUUCGAAUCAAAAGAUCUCGUACACCCACUAUGAGUAGAUCAUCGGUGACUCCUCCUCCUCGCUCAUCAGCACCGUCCUCUCCUGGCCGCUCACGAAAAUCCUCAGCUCCUCCUUCUCCAGGGCAAUCCAGACAGAACUCAGCCUCUCUCUCUAAUCUAUUGAUUUAAAUGGAAUAUUGAUCAACACUCAUAGAUUGGUAACUAAUAUAAUAUGCUGUAUAGUAUUCAGAAUUUAGCAAUUUUUCUCAAUUAAAAUUCCACAUUUUAGGCUUUUAUAUUUUUGUUAAGCAAAAUUUCUUUUGGCUCAAACAUUUUAAAAUAAGCCUUUUCUGUGUUUCAAUGUGAUCAGCGACAAGAAUGAUUGGAAGAUAUCUUAAAAUUUAAAUGCAUUAAACCCCUUUCUGUUUUGCAUUGGUGUAUCAUAUCUUAAUAUUUACACAAGAUGUUUUAUCUGUUCAAUAAAUGUAUUGGUUAAUUCAGGCAAAUGUUUAGCUGGUAUAGUAUGAAAAGCAUUUUGGAAGAGGUAUGCGACUUACUUAAACAUUUACUUUAAACAGUAAAUUAUUGGCUAACUUAUAUUAGUUUUCAAGAAAGUACAACAAUAUUAGUUUUUUAAUUAUUUUAAAUACUAAAGAUUUCAUAUUUUUAAUUAUCUGAAAUUGUUAAGAGACUGUCUAGCUUCAUAUUUUCAAGUAUAAUUUACUCAUACAAAUACUGUAUACAGUAGUUUUAAAACAAUAAUAAGAAAACAUGCCAGUAUUAUUGUUUUUACCUGAAGCUAAUACAGUUGACCCCCAUAUAUAGCAUGUGUUAACAUAAUGCAGGUUCCAAUUAGUGACUGAAUUUAAAUAGGACGUGCAAUUAUUGUUUAGUACACUCUCAUAGCACCCAGUUUUUUAGGAGUUUUUCUACAGCAUUAUAUGAGUCAACUGUAUUUUUAAUGUUCAUUUGUAUGCAAAUAAUACAGUUUACAUAUAUAAAACAAUCGGGCAUGAGAGAUGCUGUGGUAUACAGGAGUCUCGAAUUAAGUUAGAGCGACUACUUACCGAGCCUCAGAAACACCAUACAGUACUGUAAACAAAAUUACAUGAUGUUUUUAUUGUAACGCAGGCAGCAACUUACGAUGGAAGCCAUGAACAGCAAAAAUUGUUGCAAAUUUUUAUGACUCUUAUUAUGCCUUAUUUUGAUGAAUGUACAGUACAGUAUUUUUAUUGGGAAUUUAGCUGUUUUUGAUAGUGAUUAUGUUAUUUAUUAAUACAAUUUUAUAUGCAAUGUUAUAUUCAAAAUUAACACUAAAAUAAUUUUGAGGCAUCACUAAGGUAAACAUUUGUUGAACCUAUAAAAUAUUUAUUUAAAUUAUUUUAGAUAAUUGUUAAUAAAAAUGUUAUCUGAAAGGGCUUUAUUGUAAUUUUUCUUAAGAGUGCUGGCUUCUGACAUGUUAUAACAAUAAUAAAUUAGUAAUAAUAAUAAUAAUAAUAAUAAUAAUAAUUUGAUUUAUAUUAAGUAUAUUUGAAAUAUGAUACAGAAGAGUAUUCUUUGGUACACAAUUGAUGCAUUUUAUAUAAAGCCGCUGUAAUAUGCAAAACAUUUCAGGCAUAACUUAACAUAAAUAGCUAGACAUAGAUAAAUUAAAGGUCAUGGCAAGAGGAUUUUUAUUAUGAAAAAGGUUUCAGUUGGAGUGAAGAUUUUAGCACAAAUUUAUAUACAGAAUUUCCGUUAUAAUUUAUGACAUAGAAAGCAAACAUGGUUUUAGUCAAAGCAGUUUUAAAGGGUUAUGAAGGAACAAAAUCAGUAGUGAAUACUCUACUGUAACUGGUCAUGUGGAAGCCUUUUAGUAAAACAAAUAGCAAUCAGAUGUUCAGUAACACUGUGAUGUGUGGGAUCUGUGAAAUGUUAAAUGAGCUUUAUGUGCAAAUAUUAACUCAGACCAGUUAAGUGGAAUUGCUUGAAUGUCUAAAUUGUGUUGCUGUGUCUGCAAUAACAUUGUGUUGCAAUAUGCUUAUAUAUGUAAGCUUAAUUAACACUUUUGAUAAGUUUUCAAUAUCAGAAAUUUAUAAUAAAUUUUAAAGCAGUUUUAAUUAUAUUUUUGCUAAACAAGUACAGUUCAUAGGUUAAGAAACGACUGAAAAUGGUUUAUAUCACUGUUAUCGUGUCCUCUUCUACAUGUUGUAUAUUUUACAAAGAUUAUGUUGUUAGUCAUUUGUAAUACAGUACAAUAUUCAAAGAAAUAUUAUUGUGUAAUUAAAAUUAUAUAUUUAUUCAAUAAAUAGUUGUUUUAACAGAAAAAUUAACUGAAAAAUUAAUUCAAUUUAUGUAAUUUUUAUUUUUUAUAUAUAAAAAAUUACAAUACUGUACAUUAUUAUGCACUACUCACAAACUUAGCGUAUAUGUUAUGUGACUGAAGAUGAAUUUGACUUGAAUCCGCCAGCAAGUGGAAGUGCAGACCACAUCUUGCUGAACAGCAGAAGGCAAUAUUCACAUUAAUAUGCCUGUAAAUAGCAUUAUGAAUGAUUACAGAUAAGAUGCACACUAUUGAUGGACUUGUCUAACCCAUUUGAGAAUAAAAUAGACAAAACAAAGCCAGGUCCAUCAAACAUGCUGCUGCUGCCUUCAAAGCAAAAGAUAUUAAUCAAGUGUGCAGACGUAAUUAUGUAAAUAUAAUGCCUUCUUGAGAAUGUGACGUGCCAGAUACCAAGACUGGCUGUUGUUGUUGUUGUUGUUGUUAAAGAUUCGCUACUUGGAACAAGAAGUUCUAAGUAGCACGGGUUAUGGUGAGCCCGUGGGUUCUGGCACUUUCCUUGUUAAGGUAAAUAAUUUGACUUAUAGGUUGUUAUACAUAUAAUUUAUUUUUGGGCCUAGAUGUGAAUUGUAUAAGAGGUGAAAAUGAUGCUGAAUAUUAAAAUAACUACAAGGACAUAUGAUAAUGUUAUAAAGUCACAAGAUACCAAUUAAAACUAGCAUUAUGCCAUGAAGAAAAGUAAGAAAUUGGACAUUUAAAACCCAAACUAAGUUAAUCCUUCAAUAUUUUUUACACUGGAGAUGACGUAAAAAAUGUGAAUUCGGAAAUGGAUGGUGGAACUGACACCAUACUAAGGCAACUCAUCUGUAGGUCAGCAGUGUGGUAUGGGGGAGAAUAUAAAUAUCACUUGGACAGUUGAGUUAAAUCACUGUAUUUGGCCACUAACUGGGUGAGGUACAACAUGGGCAAUCACUCCUUUGACUUGAAAAACCUCAAUGAGUGUAUAUUCCUAUACAAAUGUAAUGAUGCCAAGUUAAGACAACUCACUCGGGAUGAUGCAGUAUUGACACCAUACUAAGAAAACUCACUUUAUACAGGACAAUAUAGAAGAGUAACUAAAUAUAACUGAAUUAUGUUCAUUUCUUUUUACCAAGAAACAUACUUGGAGUACUGUGUUAUUCUGAGAUUCACAUAUGAUGAUGUUUCCCUAGCGGUAAAUUAAUACCUGGGAGUUAGACAGUUAAACAGCUGUUGUGAUUUGCAUCCUGGGAAAAGUCAGUGCUUAGUUGGUCUAGGGUGACCUUGAUGAGCUUAACCCCUGCACUGCGCAAAGCGCCUUUAGGCGCUCUGAGAGUUGCUAUUUUUUUUUAAUUAGGCUAUACAGUUUUUUUAAUGUUUUCAUUACUCUGUGUUUUUAAAUGAAAAUAGUUGAGUUUGGAAACAUUUUGACAUUAAAUUUACCUGAAUAUUUAUGAAAACAACAAGAAUAUGUCCUUGACAAUUGCCCCAAGAAGUUUUUGCCGAAACCAGGUCCGCAGUGCAGGGGUUAAAAUGCUUCCUCUCCCCGACAAUGGAAAACCAAAAGCCUUAUCAUAUUGUGCUUCUUGUGAAACAUUUAUUGUCGACAUAUGGUCAUUUAUAUUUUACUCUCCGCCAAUUUUUAUAACGUCAAUAGUGCACGGGUAGCGUGUACCUAUGUAUGAGUUUCUAAAGAUGGAAUGCAAGAGAUUACUACAAUAAUCCCUUGCAGUAUAUGUAACCUUUGAAGGUGUAGGAAUGAGCAUCUCAGUAAUGUCAGCCUUAUUAUAACAUUAGUUUUUUUUAAUAUUCAUUAUGAACUAAAUUUUCAGUUCUGAUCAAAUGUUUACAUUUUGCGAUAAAAUGUUUUUAUUUAUAUAUACUGUACUUUUAUAAAUAACUGUUAUUUUUUUUUGGUAACUUACAAGUGGUGAACAGGUGUAAUGUCCUGAGAGGGAUAGGGAGCCUGUAGCUUAUGAAAUGUCAUGUACAUUGAAUAUGAUAAACUACUGCAAUGUUAUUCACUAUACAUUAUUAUAGUACUGUGUAUGAUAUAUGCAUUGUAAAAUGUUUUGUAAAUUAUAUUUUGUAGAAUCAAAUCUGGAACAUUUAUUAAUAGCCUAUGGCCAAAACCUUUGUAUACUCUUUAGUCUUAUAAGAUGUAUACUUCGAGUGAUCUGUAAAUUAUACCAGCUUGAGGAAAGCCUUAGUUCAGUGCUUGAUGGGGUUCUGGGAGUUCUUCUACUCCCCAAGCCCGGCCUGAGGCCAGGCCAGUGCACCCCGAAGGCUUUCAGUCCUACAUUAUUUGCUGCAAAUGAUAAUCUUCACCAAAUUAUGAAGGCUAGUCAGAAAUUUACAAAAACCCAGCUUUGAGAAAAUCAGUUUUAGUAAACAUUCCACACACACAUUCCAUGUAUAAUUAAUUAUUGUUAUUUUUGGCAAGAAGCUUUAAAAUACUGAUGGAUAUUUUUAACAAAAAGUAAAUAAAUGUCUUUAUUAGAAAACUGCGUUAACAAAUUUUGUAACACGAGUUUAAGAGAAAGAAAUGUGAGGACUGAAAUAUUAUAUUAUACAUUAACACGAUUUGUGAUAUGACUACUGUAGUGAAAUGUCAAGUGACAUAUACUCAAUGUCAAUAUUGUUAAACAAAUUUAUGUAAUCACACUGUACAUGUUAACUAAUUUUAUUAAAGUUUUUCAUAUACCGUAUAUAACUAGUAAAUGUCACUUGAGUACUAGUAUGUAAAGGUACAAAAUAGCUUCUUGAAUUAUAGUUGUAUGUAAUUUUUAUGUAUACAGUACAUUUUGUGCUCAUUAUUAUUAUUAUUAUUAUUAUUAUUAUUAUGAUACUUAAGAGGCCUAAAAUUGUUUUGUCAUUAGGCCAUAGCCACAGUGUGAGUUAUUCUUGGUAGAUUUUGUUUUGUUUAAUUGUCAAAUUAAAUUAAAAAACAAAUUACAAAUUAAUUUUACAAAUGUACAAAUUAAUUUUACUAAACUUCAAAAUAGUAAAUUUGGGCCUUAUACAUAACUGUUUGUUUUAACAAAGUAUAGCUAAAAUAACAUAGCUUAAUACAGAACUGUAUAUGGGAUGUGUCAAGGUACGUCAGUGCACCUUUGCUUCAUGCUGAAAAUCUUGACACUUGAAAAUAUUUGGCACUUGCAAAACGCCAAACAUUUUCGACUAUAUAGUAUUUGGAUGGGAUCAAGAUAAGGAUUUGGAGUUGGAUGGGGGGAAAGGAAUGGUGUCUAACAGGUGCAAAGAAUUAUUUUAGUGUUCCAAAUAAAUAAAUUAUAUGUAUGUAUAUAUAUAUAUAUAUACACAUACAUACAUACAUACUGUAUUUGUUAUUGAAAAUUUCAUGUUGUGCGUGCAAGUACCCCAUGAAGGCUUUCACAUACUGUACUGUAAUACAUAGAUAUAAGGCAUUACUGUUCUAAAUUUAUAAUUUUAUUUAUAUUUUGAGCUUAUUUCAUGUAGAAGUUCAGUAUUGCCAAUACCUGAUUGUCUUCGUAAUUAGUUUGUAACUUUAUUUUAAAGAUUACCCUAUUUGUAAUGUUUCACAUUGCCUUUUUCUGCCUAGACUAUCAACAAGACUAUACAGUACUAUAUACAGUCUAUGAAAUACAUCCUAUCUAUUUAUUAAUUAGUUAGACCCACUCUCACCUAAAGGAGUGGCCUUAUGUAGAAUCUUCCCCCAGACAUUUCAAUGGCCUUCGAAUGUCAUUUUAAGGAAAGCCUGACAUGUUUGGUGAAAGCUUGAAAAGCCUGUUUGCGAAAGAUUUCCAUGCGGUAGUUUGUUUACCAUACAAAUGAAGCAUCUGCCUCCUGCUUAUUAUAUCAAACAGGAAUGUGUUGAAAGGAAGCAAAGGGUUGGAAAGUGAAAAGAAAAAGCACAAAUCAAGUGACAUUAAAAAGGAUAAUAGGAAAACAAUAUUUGACGAAAGGACAUUGUAUGUCAAAAAUAUUGUACUUUAUCCUACCGAAAAGUAGCAGUGCUAUAAUGUGCGUAUAUCCAAAGACAACCACAUAAGAUUGGGACAAUAAGGGCUCUUCUUUACUACUCCCAUGGUUGAGCUUCCAUAAGCAGCUGAGGCCAACUGAUCUACUACCAGUUCCUAUUACCACAAUCAUAUUUAAAGCUGGAAACCACAAUGGAAAUUUUCCAGUUGUUUGUUUAAUCAUCUUGGCUUUAAAGUGUUAAAGACUUAACAGCAAUUGUGGAUUCUGUGAGAAUUUUAUUAUAUUAGUAUGAUCACAUAAAUGGUAUUAUUAUAUAAUGACACUUCUGAAUGUUUAAUAUGGAAGAAUACUGUAUACAGGAGGAAAUAAAAAAAACUUAAGAUAAAAAGUGAAUAUGGUCAUGAAAAAGACAAGCAAUGGAAUUGUAUCUUCUGUCUAUACUUAGUUACCAUAAAUACUCAUAAUGCUGUUACAUUUGGAAACAAAUUACUUGCAAAAUAUGCUAUAAAUAUUGAAUACUGCCAAGUACAGUACUAAAUGAUGCCAUCAUAUUUGGUGACAUGCAGGGUGUUUCAAGUGUGUGGUUGCUGGAAUUAUAGCAAGCUUUGCAAAUACUCCUAAUUUUGUUUGAAGCAGAAAUGUAUUGAAAUAACAAUCUCUUCUUAUUGUUAUAUUCUUCAAUAACUCUUGGCCUCUCUAUGACAAGAACAGAUUUGAAAUGCCCCUUCAAACACUUUAUAGGUAAAUUUGGGGUUGUGGAGUGACCUCCCCAAAUCUUUGGCCUAUCACAUUUUGAGUUUUGUUAGUGGCAGCAUUUGACAUUUGCUGUUUACACAUAGACACUGCGAACUAUUGAGAAAUUAAUAAAUGCGAAAAGAUUGGAGCUUCAGCCUAUUUAUAUUUAGAGUCAUGAGUGCUCUGCUAUCUUGCAAUCUUUUCUGUCCCUAGACAUUUUAAACACCUUUAUAUAUUUUAAGUGUUAAUGCUCAAGUUUAAUAUUCUUUGGAAAUUUUUUCAUUAGGUCUGUAAUGUAUAGGCACCAUAAAAAGAUCCAGUCAUUAUGUUUCAUGUUACAAUAAAAUAUGGAGUCAAUAUUUUAUACUUUAAAAUUUAAAACAUUGAUAUUUGAUAAGCUGUAUCUGCCUUAAGACAUAAAAACUUGACAUGAGUAAGUAGGUAAUGAAUCAUUUUGUUAUUUUGAACUAACCAUUAAGUGUCAGUGAGUGCUGCUUACCAUUAACUUCUUAAAGUAUUUGAUAAAUAACAGUUUUUAUUUAGCAGCUACAUCAAGAGCUUUCAUUGAGAAAUUAAUAUUUAGUUCCUACUGAAUAGCUUUGGGCUUGCAUCUAAAACAUUACUCCACUUACAAACCUUCAUGGUCAAAUAUAUUGAGAUCCCUUAACAUAAUUUACAGUGUUAUGUUUGAACUUGCACAGGCUUACCUAGUUCUGGUAUUAACUGAACAAAGCUGUGUUAAAUUGAAAAUAAAGGCAAACCCCUUUUUUUUUAAUUAAUGUUCAAUAGAUUUCACUCUUAUUUUCUUAGUGUUGUAUCCAUAUACAAAAUCAUUAAAAAUGUGAUUAGAGAAUAUAAAUGAGUUGGCAUUUAUAACUUCUUACUUCUGAGUAAUGUUUUUAUGGAGCAACAUCUUAAUUUUGUCCUCGUAUGAUGGGUAUUCAUCAGAUGGUUCUGAAUAUAUUGAGUUUUCACACCGAUUCCUGGUCAUUCCCAUAUCCCAGCCCCUAAACCAUAUUUUUGAAAAUGCAGCUAGCUCCAUGACUAUGUUUGGCAAAUCCCAUCAAACUGAAAAUGAAAACCAACCAUAACAUUUAUUUUAUCUAAGCUAAUAGCUUUCCCACAGUCCCAACUCCUUUUAGUGUUGCAUCUAUUUACAAAAUAAAAUUACAAAUGCAAUUAAAACAAUAUUGAAAGCGAUGUAUAUUCAUACCUCAUUUCCCACACUUUUCGGAUAAAUUUUAUUAAGCAAAACCUUAAUUUCACUCUCUCAUAAAUAUUCACCAAGUGAACCUGAUUACAGAAUGUUCACCCUCAUAAAUUAUCAAGAUAUAAUUAUCAAGAUAAUUAUCAGGAGAGUAAAAGCAUUGAAAUAUGAUUGUUCAGUACUUGAAGGAAUAUGAAGACAGUUUUGGCUCUAGAAUAUGAGGAUGGAAUGAUGGAAGUGCUGAUCCUGUCAGUAUGAGAUUGUAUCUCUCUAAAUAUUAAUUUAAUUGUUUCUGCAAUGCAAUAUACAGUAUAUAUAUAUGUACUACAGUAUAUGUAUGUAUGUACAUAUAUUGCACUUUACAGCCAAAAUGCACUACUUGGCCUAUUAUGCAAGGACUGAUUUGCCUAACAAACUGAGUUUGCCUGAAACUAUCUAUUUUCUAAAUUUUUCUUAUGGACUGAUAAAGCUUUCCUAGUCGAGGACCGGACCAUGGGAACGCUAAGCCCCAAAAUCAUCUCAAGGUAACGUCAAGGUAACCCAAACUAUCCUCACCUAACCCAACCAAACCUAACAUAACUACGGUAAGUCAGUAAUUCAUGUUCUUAAAUGUUGUUAUAAAUAUAUGAAUAAAUAUAUACUGUACACUUUACUAUAUUUAUUGUAUACAAAUACAGUAUUAUACAAGUAUAAUAAUAUUAAUUCAAACUAAAUUGAAAAUUUGUUUGUAAAUAACAAAAAUCAUUGCCUGUUAGGCAAAUCAGGUCUUGCAUACUAGGCCAAGUAGUGUGUUCUGGUUAUUAGGUAUGACAUAUACCAGUAUACAUACGUAUACAGUAGAUAUAUAUAUAUAUACAUACACACGUACAUUGCAUACAUACAUACAUAUACCAAAAAACAUUAGGGCUUAGGAAAGCCAAUGUGACUUUUGUUAUGAAAGGUUUUCCAUUUGAAAAUAGAGGAGUUUUAGAGCGGAUGUGAAACCAUAACUGUAAAUAUUAAUUUAAUUGUAUUCCCACAAAAUUUGAUGGAAAUCUUUAGAAAAAGAAAUAGCUUUGGGUGUGGGGAAAGUAAAAAGGAUUGAGUCAAAAAGCUUGUAUAGCUUGUUUUCAUGCUAAGAGCACUGUACCUAAGAUAUUUGUAUUAUUUAUGUAAUAAAUUCUUGGCUUUGAAACAAGUUAAUUUUUCCCUCAUCAGAUCCUUAAUGAAAACCAACUUAGUAUGAAUUUAUACGAGGUGUCGAGAAACAAAUGUCUGCAUAGGUUCAUGAGUGGAGUGUAUAACAAGUUAGGAAUAGUAUAAAUUAGGGUCCCUGUCCCUUAAAUCUGUUGAGUUCUAUGUGCAGACCCAUAAUCUUAAAUGUAAAAGAAAAAUUGGAGCUAUGAGUAAAAAAUUAUAAUAGCCUGUGGUUGAGAGUGUAGGCUCCUUUACCACUGCUUGUGGUUGUGCCAAACUAAUAUAGAAUAAAAUAUUGUUGCCACUGCAAUAAACAGUCAUAAGUUUUA